ACUUCAUCCAGUGGAAUUUACCAAAAUGUUCACAAUAAAUCAAGUCGCGCAUUCCGUUAAACUAUAUUGGCUUUAGCCUCUGUUAAAAGACAUAUACUAAGGAAAGCCCCUAAUAAGAGUGCACCUCUAUAUAAUGGACAAGUUCCAAAGGCGACCGGUUUUUGGAGGUUCUCGAUGGUUAAUAUCCAUGGAGAAAAGAGGCAAGCGGUAUUCUAAUUAUUUCUUUCUUAGCGAGUCUCUUUGAGAAAAAUGUAUCUUUAUUUUGAAGAGAAAAAUUCGAUCUGUGAAAUGUUUACGCAAUAGUAAAAAUAAAAAAAUGACAUAUUGGUUUCGAAAGGCACAAAAUGUAUUGUAAGCACCGUCAAGUAAACAGUUUGUUCACUGCCAGAAGGUGUCCCAAGUGGUCCCGUCCCUCAAUUCAGGUUAGAGACGGGACCGCAAAUUUCCCUUUCGUAAACGGUCGUUGCCAAUUAUAACGGUCGUUGUCAUUCCUGAGAACCGUCGUUGCCAUUUUAAACCGUCGAUGCCAAAUCGAAAACCAACCGAACCGACGACUUCCUUCGUGACUAGUUCGAGAGUGAUUUUCGCUCAAGAGUGUUGUAUGACGUCAUUACUUGGAUGGCUCAAGAUGGCGGACAAACCCGAUUUUCUCAAAGAUCUAAUAUCUUCAGCUAUAAAAGAAGUGCAUUCGAAAAAGAGAUCGUUUGAAUUAUCCGAAAUUACAGAUGAGUAUUUUUUGGCCUCGCUCCCAGAUGAUUCUUUUUACUACCUGAAGUCAAUUUCAGGAAAUAGAGAGAACUUCAAGGCCCACGUGUUGACUGAAGAUAUUACAGAAGAAAACCUGGAGCUAUGGAUAUCUGAGUACGAAGUCAUUAAUAACGUUUCCAUCAAGCUCAAGACAAAGAAAAACCCCACGAGUGGCUACGUGCUUCAGAAUUAUUAUAGGUGUCAGCAUAAUACUCGCAACUGGAGCCCAAGUAAGGACCCACAGAAAAAAUUACAUAUCAAUCCUUCUGCUAGAGUGAAAAACACCAACUGUCCCUUCCAGAUGAUUGUCAAAUUGGACAACAAGGGGUGCUGCUCAUUGGAUAUUGAGUGGGAGCACAACCACUCCCUUGAAACUUUGGAGGCAUCAAACUUUCUGUACCUGACUCCUGAGUGUACAGAAAGAGUAUUGAAAAUGUAUGAAAGUGGGCAUACACCAGCAACUGCAAGACAACAAUACUUGAAAGAGCUCAAGCAAUCAUGUAAUGACGAUUUGGAAUUUCAUCGAAAGAAGGCUAAUCGAGCAGUUGUGCCAAGAAGAAGGGACUUUAGCUACCUUUACACACAAUAUGGCAAGGAUAGGUAUGGAGGACAAGGGGUUAUGAUGUACCAGAGACUGGCUGAAAGGCUUGAACAAUAUAGCAAAGAUAACCCUGAUGCUACCACUCACCACCAAGUGUACGGGGGGGAGGACAAACCUCUUUUGGUUGCUAUUGUUACACCCCUUAUGAAGCGUGUACACAAUGAAGUUCAGCAGUCUGGAGAAAUGGUGUUUGUGGAUGCUACUUCUAACACUGAGGAGCACAAUCUUAAAGUGUUUGUUAUGUGCACACAUAAUGUUUCAGGGGCACUUCCACUUGGUAUUCUGAUAGCUAGUGAUGAGCGAGAGUCCACAUUAAAGCAGGGCUUUAAAAUGCUCUGCUCGUGCUUACCUGAAUAUGCAUUCAAUGGUCGUGGAAAGGAAAAUGGACCAAAAGUCAUACUUACCGAUAACUGUAAAGAGGAACGAAAUGCUCUGAAGUCUAUUUGGCCCCUAUCCACCUUACUUCUAUGCACAUUUCACAUGCUCCAACAACUUUGGAGGUGGCUUCAUGAAAGCAAAAACAAUGUCAACCUUGCUGAUAGACCAUUCAUUCUCAACCUUUUCAAGAAAUCACUAUAUGCAGAGACAGAACAAGAAUUUGAGAACAGCUUUAGUGAACUUUUAAAUGAUGACCAUUGCAUGGAAAACCCCACUUUAGUAAGCUAUUUACAAAAACUUUACAAUGACAAAGAAUCUUUUGCUCUAUGCUUUAGAAAAGAACUGCCUGUUAGAGGGAACCACACAAACAAUUUUGCUGAGGCUCAGUUUCUGGUUCUGAAAGAUAUAAUUCUGCGGCGAACAAAAGAGUACAAUGUUGUUGGGCUUCUGGACAAGCUUACAAUUGAUUUAGAAGACCACUACAAGAAUAAACUCCUCAGUAUUGCUGAUGGGAGUUUUGAUGGCACUUAUAGACAUCGAUUCAUGGGGAAAGGGAAAGGGAAAGGAAGCUUUGGGUUUAAUGUCCCAGAUAGAAAAGAACUUGAUGGCUACCUUUCUUCUGUUGAAAGUUUUGGUAAUAAUACUUUCAAAGUUGGAAGCUCUUCAUAUGGCAGUCAAAGCCAUACAGUAGACAUGACUAUUGGAAUGUGUACCUGUGGCAUUGGCAAAGAUGGGAGCCCAUGCAAACACCAGUAUGUCCUUUGGGUGUCCAAGCUGGCAGACUGUGUUAAUUUUGUCCCAGUAAACAAUCCCCGUGAGAGACAGAAAUUAGCCUGGUUGGCUAUAGGAGAGACACUUCCUCUUAGUUACUAUAUGCCAUUGCGCUCAACUGAGGCUGAACAGAUUACAUUGCAACCUUGUGGACCUAAUGAGUGUGGCACUGUCAUUGAGAAAUCCAUUAACAGGGAUCAAGAACCAAACUACACGACUGGUGAAGAAAUUCAUGAUGAGGAUAAAUCUAUUAUUGCAAAUGCUCAACAAUUGAUGAGGAGCUCUUGUGACCAAAUUAUUCAAAACCUCCAAAGCUCUGGGGAUCUUAAUUUGGCUAAAGGAAUAAUAAAGUUCUCCAAAAGAGUAACAACCUUAACAGCGACAAGGUCUAUGAAUUCAAAUUUGGUGAGUGCCCUUUUCUCUUUCGGGUCUAAUGAACUGAAGAAAACUGGAAGUGGAAAAAAAAUCCGUGUUCAGCCAAACAGGAAGCGAAAGUGUGGUAGUGGAAGCCGUCAGGCUGUUUCAAAAGGGCGUCCAGUACAACUUCAAGAACCAACGUCGAAGAGGAAGCGCAGCCAUGAUUUGGCAAAAGUAGUACAGGCAAAUGUCAAUAGCAGCAAAAAGUCAGGGUCCCACACUAUGAAAUCUAAGACAAAGCACAUUCAAAAGAAAAAAACAAAGAAAGAGAAAUCCUAGGGAAAUUUUAUAAAAUCCUGUAAGUAUGUUUUAUGGAAUGCAUCAAAGGUAUACAAUGUUCAAUAUUUUUGUUGUUAGACUUGUUCUUUUAUAAACAUUACAGUAGCGAAGCAGCAAACUUAAAGUAAAGUAUAUAUAUAAUUGUUGUCAUUGAACCAAUUUUGCACUCUUGCCAACUAUUUCCAAUUGCUGAACUGCAAACCAGCUUCCAUCAUUUGAACUUUGAAUUUAUAACAGAAUUACAUUUUGUACUCUAUGCUUGCGGUGAGAUGGUAUGAUUGGAAGCCAUUAAAUAAUUAAGUGUUGGUGAAUGAAUAAGCUUCAGGGGUUUUGAUUUACAGAAGACAGUUUAGCAGUUAGAAAUCGUUAGCAAGAGUUCACAGAAUUGAUGUAAGAAACUGGUGAAAGAUUGGGUUGCAUCAUCA